UGCUCGCCUCUAGGUUGAGGAAGUUGGGCUCUGGGCGGAUAAUUCUGGUACUGGCCGUGUUUUUGCCGAAGGGUUUACCAAGCGACGGCGACUUUUUGGUCGUUUAUCUUUUCUUUAAAAUAAAAGACACCUUCAACUCACGUUGUUGGGAACUACAAGGGGAACUGCGACCGGUUAGUUGCUUUUAGUUUUUCGGUGGAGUCUUCAGGUUUUACCCCGUGGCGAUCUUAUUUUUACGUGGAGCUGCAAGUUGAAAUCGUGGCACUGUAUCGCUUUACGGGAAGGAAGGAACAUUCCGCUGGUCCCGGGGCUGCUGCGUGCGAGUCAGGGAUGCAUUUGGAGCGCUUCAGCCGAAGUCAUUAGACAGAUGGGCAUACUGAGUCUGAAGCACCAUGAAGGUGCAGCAGAUUGCAGGACUUUAAAACGAAGUGACAUUUUGAAGCAUUGAAGAAAAAGACGGAGGAUACAGAGGUGAGAAAAAGAAAGGAACAGCUAUCUUAACCAAGAAUCAAGAGAGGACAUUUGUGAAGAAUCUCGCAAAACAACGGACUUUCAUGCUUUAGAAGAAGAUUGACACUGUUUUUGUGCUUGUUGGAUUUCUUGCUUUUAGCGAAUCCUUAAAGUUCCCUAUACAUCUUACUUCAGGGAGUAUAAGAAAACAAAACAGCCUUGCUUUGUAAAGCUGACAGGUUUGACAGAGGUUUGUUAAUUUUGGUACAUUUGGAUUAAUAAUUUAAGUCAUCAACAUGAGUGCAGAAGGAUACCAGUACAGAGCACUUUAUGACUACAAGAAGGAAAGGGAGGAAGAUAUUGAUUUGCAUCUGGGAGACAUAUUGAUUGUGAGUAAGGGUGCGUUGCUGGCUCUUGGGUAUGGUGACGGUUUUGAAGAGAAGCCUGAUGAAAUAGGCUGGCUGCAUGGCUUCAAUGAAACAACGCAGGAAAAGGGUGACUUUCCUGGAACCUACGUUGAGUUCAUAGGGAAGAAGAGAAUUUCACCCCCAACACCAAAACCUAGGCCCCAAAGACCUCUGCCUGUUGCACCGGGGCCAACGAAAGCGGAUUCGGACUCGGAACAGGCACUGUUGGAUCUCACCGAGCAGUUUUCCCCACCUGAAUUAGCUCCACCCAUUCUGGUGAAAUUAGUGGAAGCCAUUGAGAGGAAAGGUUUGGAUUGUCCCACCCUUUAUAGAAACUUUGGCUCAUGUAGUGGACUUGAAAUCAGGCAAUGCUUUGAAAGUGCAGAUCCUUGUGCCGUAGACUUGGAUCAGUUUGACCUGCAGACCUUGUGUGAUGGCCUCCGAAGGUACCUUCAGGAUCUGCCCCAUCCUGUUGUACCAGUCUCUGUUUACAGUGAAAUGGUACAUGUAGCCCAAGAGGUGCAUAACCCAGAAGAGUGUGCUCUGUUGCUGAGGAGAAUUGUCCAGUCACCUAAUGUGCCUCAUCAGUAUUGGCUCACACUUCAGUAUCUGAUCAAGCAUUUCUGCAGAGUUUGUCAAAAUACUGGCAAAAAUCUGCUUAGUGCAAGAGUUCUUGGAGACGUUUUUAGCCCUCUGGUUUUCAGACACCAAGCAGCAAGCUGUGAUGCUAGCCCAGAAUACCACAUAAGGAUCAUAGAAGUCUUUAUCACCAGUGAAUGGAAUGAAAGUCAGGCUGCUCCAGCACUGCCUCCAAAACCGCCGAAGCCUGCCCCUGUCACAAACAACGGUAUGAACAACAACAUGUCUCUACAAGACGCUGAAUGGUACUGGGGAGAUAUUUCAAGGGAGGAAGUCAAUGAAAAGCUGAGAGAUACAGCUGAUGGUACGUUUUUGGUGCGAGAUGCCUCUACGAAAAUGCAUGGAGACUACACACUGACAUUGAGGAAAGGAGGCAACAACAAGCUUAUUAAAAUCUUCCAUCGGGAUGGGAAGUAUGGUUUCUCUGAUCCCCUGACUUUCAACUCUGUGGUCGAGCUUAUAAACCACUACCGCCAUGAGUCGUUGGCCCAGUACAAUCCCAAACUCGAUGUGAAACUGCUUUAUCCAGUGUCUAAACACCAGCAGGAUCAGGUGGUGAAAGAAGACAACGUUGAAGCAGUUGGUAAGAAGCUGCAUGAGUAUCACCAGCAGUACCAGGAAAAGAAUAAAGAAUAUGAUCGACUUUAUGAAGAAUAUACACGAACUUCACAGGAAAUUCAAAUGAAAAGGACAGCAAUUGAAGCCUUUAAUGAAACGAUCAAAAUAUUUGAAGAGCAGUGCCAAACACAAGAGCGGUACAGCAAAGAAUACAUUGAGAAAUUCAGAAGAGAGGGAAAUGAGAAAGAAAUCCAGAGGAUCAUGGUGAACUAUGAGAAGCUGAAGUCUCGCAUCAGUGAGAUAGUCGACAGCAAGCGGCGCCUGGAGGAGGACUUGAAGAAGCAAGCGGCUGACUACCGGGAGAUUGACAAGAGGAUGAACAGCAUCAAACCAGACCUCAUCCAACUCAGAAAGACCAGAGACCAAUAUCUGAUGUGGUUGACCCAAAAGGGUGUUCGACAGAAGAAACUAAACGAGUGGCUGGGAAUCAAAAACGAAACGACCGAAGACCAAUACUCUAUGGUGGAAGAUGACGAAGACCUGCCUCAUCACGACGAGCGCUCGUGGAAGCUGGGAAAUAUUAACCGGGUCCAGGCGGAGGCCCUGCUCCGCGGGAAGCGGGAUGGAACAUUCCUUGUUCGGGACAGCAGCAAGCAAGGCUGCUUUGCCUGCAGUGUCGUCGUCGAUGGGGAAGUGAAGCAUUGCGUCAUCAACAAAACACCUACGGGAUAUGGAUUUGCAGAGCCCUACAACUUGUACAACUCCCUAAAAGAACUGGUUCUGCACUACCAGCACACAUCACUUGUACAGCACAAUGACUCUUUGAAUGUCACGCUAGCAUACCCUGUGUAUGCACAUCAGAGGCGAUGAACACUUUGUACAGCAUCUGGGACUUGAGAAGGAAGGAGGGCCUCUAGGAAAUGCAUUGCAGAAUCAAGCUCUGGAGUUGUGGAGCUCAGUUUGUGCUCUACAGGACUUAACGGAGCAUUGUACACAUUUCAGUGGCAGAAAGACAAUGGGCAGUGUUGAGCUGUGAAUGUAAUUUUCUUUCACUUGUGCUUAUGGAAGAAGCACAAAUCAGCUGGGGACUGCUGAACUAUCUCCUGCUCUGAGGACAGAGGCCUUUUCUUAAUGGUGCUUGUUUACAUUCUUUUCAAAGCUUUACCAGCUGGAAUGUCAAACGCUGAAACCCUAGGGUGCAUCUUUUUUGUACAGGUCUUUUUCCCUUGUGCAUUUGGCUUUUUAUUUUGUGUGUGUGCGCACGGAUGCGUGUGUGCGUUUGUGUAUGUGUGUGAGACCUGAACACCCAGGUUCAAAGACCUGUGUCGGUUUUGGGGGUUGCCCUGUACACUUGGUCCAUACACUCUUGUUAAGUGUUCAUGAACAAUCCUUGGAUGAGCUGAUAAUGUAGCAAGAUGGCACUUUUUCCCAACUGAAAAUCUUUCUGGAAAGGACUUUCAUACAAAGGUAUUGCAGCAGAAAAGAAGACACUCAUUUGCAAGAUCCUUAGCUUUGUUCUCCUUGGGAAGCAUUAGAGUUGAUGUAGGCUGGGGUUUGGAAUACAGUAUGAAGAGAAGCAGGACUUAACGAAAUGGACACAGUAUAUCAUACUAUAUUGUACAUAUUUAAAGGAGGACAUGCAUCAAAAAAGUGAUGAAAUCUACAAUACCAAACUAAGUUUAGUUCCUUUUCAGUUUAAUGCUAAUUUCUGCUAUGCAAUGCUAUCAUCUUUUGUUUUCUUAAAGCUGUUUUAUUUUACAUGUACCAAUAAUAUAAGCUUGUUUUUAUUGCUUGAAGUUUUUUUUCCUCCAUGUUGUCUAUAUCCAAGGGGAUAAGUGUCCAGUGGCAAAACAUGUAAUUGGUUUAAAUAUUUUAAGUAAAAAUACUUAAUUGCAAAAUUACAAUAUUUGAGAAUGGAUCUGUAGUCCAGAGUAAAGCUUAAGUAUUUUUUUUGUUUUUAUUUCAAAGUUGUGUUCUCUUAGGCAGAGCCUAAUGAGUUUUUGAAAGCUGCUUCAGUCCAUUAAAUAUAAAUUUUGUUUCAAAGAGCCGCCCCAAAUGAUUCUCAGUGAUUCAGUUUUAAAAUUAUAGUAUAUUCCGCACUGCUGCGGAUGGGAAAAGAUAAAAUGGAAUAUUCUAAUUAGAUGUUUGUCUGAUGUGACAAGCUGCCUAGUUUUCAUGUACUGUAUGACCUGUCAACCGAAGCAUUUUUUUUAAGGUUUGGACUCAAAAAAACAUGGUGUGUUGGAAUUUAGCAAAUGUAAAUGAUUAUUUAGUAGAUUAAAUGUUGCUUUCUCAUUCCUAGUUCACAUAGUAUUUUUUCUGUAUCAGAAAAUCCCUUAAGAGUGUUUACAUGGAUGGAAAGAAAUACUUUAUUCCUGAAAUUUGUUGUUCAGUUCCAUGCUAUGCUUAUUCAAAUUAGUUCUGUUUGGAGAAAAAGUACCAAAAGUUUAUGUAGCUGCCAACAUAUGGUUUUCCAUUGCAUCCUCAGUGUAGAGCAGUGGUUAGGACAUUGGACCCAUAACUGGAAGGUUGUGGGUUAAACUGGAAGGGACACUGCUGUUGUACCUUGAGAAAGGUAUUUCUCUCCAGUUGUGUCAGGAGAAAUUCCUAGCUCUGGAAAUGGGUGCACAUGUAUGUUGCUUGGAUAAAAGCGUCAGCCAAAUUUUAAACAAAAAUAUCACUGCAAUGUUAUUAUUGAUAGCAUUUUGAUCAUUUUCAUCCAACACAUGGUUUCUUUUUUGUUUAGCCAAACUAAUAAUACUGAAAUUUUUCUUGUCCAUGGAGUUUACCUUUAAUACUUUAUACUGUUACAUUUUAUUAACAGACCUCUCGAAACUUAAUGGUUUCAAAAGAAGCUUUUUGUUGACAUGGAAUAUCUAUUAUGACAAUACAUAACAUCAGACAGUCAGUCAUACAAUGUGUGGAGAGCUAAAGAAUUUAUUUCAGAAAAGUUUUAAUUUUGUCUUCAGUGUUAUAAAAAAUCUCUGCUGUUUUGCUUUUCACCAACCUGUCACAGAUUUUACUGUCAUGAAUAUCUGGAAUUAAACACUUUGAUUUUAAAAUUG